GAAUUGAUGUGAAACUCUUGUAGCUAACCAGAAGUAACGUUUACGUUUCGUUGUGAGACACUUUAACCCUCCUAAAGAUAGCUAACUGGAAGAAAGUAGCACAUGAUUGACAUCAGCUCACCAUCCUGCAGACAGAGAUGAACCAAACAACUCUAGACGCAGCAGGUCUUGACCCUGUUGAGCUGAGGGACCAACUCUUUGAGCCAUGGGGCCGGAAAGAUCUGCAGACGCUACAUGUGCUCGCCCAGUGUGGCUUUUCAAAGCUGUCUGAGCCCCUGGAGGACAUGCUAACAAUCCUUGAGGGCUGUCCAGGCAAACAGAAGGGCCGUAGCAACCUCCUUGGACACCACAUCCUUGGGGAAUUCCAGAAAUGGAUGAAGGCAAAUCCUCAGGUGACCCUGAGCUCACUCUCAGAGCAGCAGAUAGUGUCACUCCGGCAUCGAGCUCUCUGCUUACUAGUGGACACCCAGCCUAGCUAUGUGGACGGUCUCGUGAACAUUUACCAGCUUGACUACCUGGAUCCAGAUAAACUCAGAUUGCACAUCAUCAGGCUGCAGGCUCUUAACUGCUACAAAGAAGCAGCAGCACUCAGCAUCAGACUGAAAAUACAGAAGGAGCUGGACAUGGAGGAGAUGUGUAUACCUCUAAUCCUGCAGAAUAAACUAGCAUCUGCGGAGUCCUUCGUCACAGGCCACAAAGAUCUCGAACAACAACUGGUGACGCUGCUGGACUCCUGGUGCCACCCCAACUUUAGUGUGGAGCCAGUAUUAAAAAGGUUCCCACGCCUCUCUUUGUCCAAACAGUCUGUGAGCCAUAUCCAGGCUAAACUUCUCACCAAACAUGUCUUCAGGCUCAUGGAUAAAUUCGAGAUUGACCCAGGACUCUGUCCCCGAGCUCUGCACAAAAGAAGAUUGGACACUUUACGUUAUCUCAUGUACAAGACAUUUGUGGAGAAAGGUAUGACAGAAGACAACUGGAGCGACCAUGUGCAGUAUGUGGUGGCGGAUGACCCUGAGCUUCAGAUCGUGCUGGUGGAGAUGUUGGUGAAGUACUGUGGUCUUCAGAAAGCCUCUCAGUGGUCUAUAAAAUACAGCGUCCCCAGACAUCGACUCCCCUGUGGUCUCUGGGAAAAGCAGCAGAGUCUUUCGCCUGAGCUACAACAGGUACAUCUGACCAAUUCAGCACAAGCCGAGGAGUGGAUUCCCUCUCAGACUCACUGUGAGAGCUUCUACCAGGUCCCUCUCCCCAAAGAAAAGGUUCACUUUGUGGACACACAGGACACUCUUAAGACAUGUCGAAACAUUGUACUGAAGGAAGGUGUAGUUGGAAUUGACAUGGAGUGGCAGCCAACAUUUGGCUGUAACUCGACUCAGAGGGUUGCCUUGAUACAGAUUGCAGUUUAUGACCAGUGUUUCCUGUUAGACCUCUGUGCAAACGGAUUCUGUCACCAUCCAGAUACGAUCAGCUUCAUCAGGAGUUUAUUCUCUGAAAAAAAUGUUCUUAAACUUGCGUAUGGCAUGUCGGGAGAUAUCAAGUGUCUCUUAGCCACCUGGCAGCAGUUUAAAGAGGAGCCGCUGAAGAUGGAGGCCAUGCUUGAUCUUCUUAAUAUACACAAGAAGAUUCAGCGUAGUAAGUUCAGACUGCCUCAGGAUGGACCAAAAGAGGUCCUGGUAGGGGGGGAUUCUGCAGAGAAAGGCCUCAGUCUGCUUGUACGACAGGUUCUUGGAAAGCCUCUGGACAAGACAGAACAGAUGUCCAACUGGGAGAAGCGGCCACUGCGCAUCAGCCAAAUUAGAUAUGCAGUUGCCGAUGCCUGCUGUCUGCUGGAAGUGUACUCCGUCCUCUCCAGUAACCCGUCACAGUUUGGGCUACCAGCUGACCUGCGCAGUGACUCGUUAAUCCAACCGGACCAAAGCAGAGACAAGAAGCAAAAAGAGAAACAGACCAAGCAGACAAAACAGGAAUGUCAGGGGGCUCAAAGGGUCAGUCCUUCCCAGUCUGAAGCAGAGAAAGGCCUCCUGUGUGGUGAGAUGCCCCAGGAGCCCCAAGACGGCCCUCUUCUGCCCCCCCAGCAGUUGAGGGUGGUGUGUGACAACAUGCUGCAGGGACUCGGGAGGUACCUGCGCUGUUUAGGAGUCGAUGUGGUUAUGCUGGAGAACAAUGAUGAUCACAGAGAGGCAGCAAAGUUAGCACAAGCUGAAGGCCGUGUCAUCCUCACAUGUGGGCAGCCAUUCCAAACUUUGCGAUCCCAGGUGGGUGAGGGUCGCUGUCUGUCUUUAGACUGCUCAGAGAAGGCCAAAGACCAGGCUGUUCGAGUCCUCAGACACUUCAACGUCCAGCCCACGCCCGGUGAUAUCUUCAGCCGCUGUCAGUCAUGUAACAGCGAUGAAUAUGUGGCCGUUCCCAGAAAUGACAUGGUCAGGAUGCUGAGACAGAAAGGAUUUCUGCAGGACCAAGAUGACGAUGACUACACACAUCAGGCAGAGGAGGCGAUCAGUGAUUUUCUCCCCAGGUACGCCCCUCAGUGCAACUGGGCCCCCCUUUCAGGACUGGACCCGGACACUCUGACCUUUCCUGGGGGGGCGCCCAUACAGCUCCACACUGUGCCCCCUGGCCUUUUGCCAAAGAUACCCCACUUCUACGUCUGCACCAGAUGUGGCAAGGUGUUCUGGGAAGGCUCUCACUUCAGCCGUGUGCUGUCCAUGUUUCAGGAUGUUUUACAAAUAACAGACGAGGACGGGAAUUCAGCUGCAGAGCUUGUCGCAGCAGCACAGUAAGACCAACUGGUUUAGAGCUAAAAACACCCUGAAUAUUAAUUUGCACUUUCAGCACCUAGCUAUUGAAAUUCUGUUCAUUUUCCAGAUUUUUUUGUUUUAUCUUUCCUUUUUUAAUUGACCUGAUAGAUAUGAUACAGGAAUUAAAGCUGUGAUUAUGGGUAAGAACAACAAAUUUGCAUGUCUUUAGCUUGAAAAAAAUAUUUUUGGAAUUAAAAUGAGAAUAACCUGAUGAUUAUUCAUCUAAGACAGCAGUGGUGCCAAAAACAAUAAAAAUAAAUGUAUGGAUGAGGGUUUUUUUUUCUACCAUUAUCAGCCUUAAAUUGUUUUCCGGUGUAUACAGUUUCAUUGUUCGAAAUGUCAGAAAACCAAAGAAAUCUUUGACUUUUGAUUGAUUUUUUGGACCAUUUUCAUGGGCACUUUACCUCAGCAGGGAUUAUAUCAUCAGUCUUUAAAGCGCAUGAAGUAAAUGUUAAUUUCCUUUAAACACUGUCUUGGGUCAUAUUUUAAUGACAUUUUUUAACAUUAUGACUUCAAAGCUGCAGUUAAAUGCUGGCGAGACUUUUUAGCAGUCUGUAGUACUGCAUGUUUCCAUUCUCCAUGAUUACAUGUGUACAAUGUUUACAUAUUUAGCUGCAAGCUCAAUAUGAGUUAAUAAAGAAUCAUUUCUUUUA